GUGUGAUCAUAGUUUGAGCCUAAAGUGCUAAGAUGCAGGUGUUGGUGUUCAAGAAGCGCUGUAUUUGAUCAUGGACGAAGUGCCUAAUUAAGGAGCAGAGGAGGAAGGGAAAAUGAAAAAGUCUUUACUGCAGUGGGAACUUGUGGACAGAUACGGAGAGGAAGGGCCUCAAUGAAGUCCGAAAAGCGUGAAAGAGCUUGACCGAUUAAAUGUGUCUGGCUGACUGAGGUAUCGAUGAUUUGGCGAACAUUAAGAUGAGCCUGGAAAGGCAGUCAGCCAGAUCCGAAGUGAUAUAUUUGUACUACCAAAGGAGCCUCUGAAGGUUGAAGUGUGUGUUUUUAUUUCUUUGUUGAGGCCAUACAAUGCAGAGUUGACAGACCUGCCAGAUGAGUCACCUUGGGGGUAUUGGAGAGUGAAAGGACACUACUGGAACUGGCUUCAAGUUAGUGUUUAAUAUUGUGACUUGUUGAACUCCCCAUUACCAGAAAUUUUCAAAUUUCAGAAGCCAAAGAACAUCUUGCAAAGAUACAGCAUACUGCUCUAGUGAGCAAGGUCAGACUAGAUGCUGAAUCGGACCCCUUCCAAAAAUACAGAAGACCGGGGGUGCUAGGAAACCUGCCAUAACUGGGACUCGCGUCGUCUUCCCCGCGGAACUCUGUCGCUGGGCCGUCGAGUCCCGCACUUCCGCCCGCCAGGGGGCGCUCGGUCCGGCGCCGACUCCCAGGGCGACGGAGCUGGGCCCGGCAAGAUGGCGGCGUCCGCAUUGCUGCGUCCCUUCUCACGGCUGCGGGCCCCCGCCAGGCUCCCAAGCGGCUCUUCAGCGCGGUCAAAGUUCUACGUGCGGGAGCCGCCGAAUGACAAACCUGACUGGCUGAAAGUUGGGUUGACCGUGGGCACCACCGUCUUUAUGUGGGUCUAUCUCAUCAAACAACAUCACGAAGAUGUUUUAGAGUAUAAAAGAAGAAAUGGGUUGGAAUAAGCUUUUGAAAUACUAAUAUAGUAUGCUCCAUAUAGUGAUUGUAGCAGUUCCUCUGGAUUCACUCGUCUGUUGAGUUGUAAAUGUGAAAGAAAAAGUUACACGUGAAUAUACGUAAAGUCAGCAUUUGUGUUUUGCAUCAUUAAAUGAAAAAAAAUAAAACUACUAUAUUCUUGA